AAAAUCCAAAGACCCCUCUCCAAUGGAUAAACACCACUUGCCCUCACUCUAAUCUUGUCUGCUUUUCUCCUCUUCAAUCCAAAAAAAUUCCCUGCUUUCUUUCUAAUUACUCUCCUUGUUUUCAUUGGUCACCGAUUCCUGUUCCUUCUGUGGAAUUUAAUCCAAAUCUAACGAACCCAAAUCAUUUUCCCACUGUGAUUUCAAGAAAAAACUCGAAUCUUUCUUCUGUGUCUUAGUUUUUCAAGGACUGCAUAUUAGUGCAACUGGUUCAAAAGCCUUAGAAUUUUGGUUUCUUACAUGGUGGUUUCAUGGUGUUUAUGAUCAGAAAAUAGUUCCAACAAUGACCAAUUCAUUACCCAUUUCCUCAGUAUCAUCUGUUAAAUAUGGUAAGAGUUUAUCAUCUGCUUCUGAUGAAGACCCAUAUCAGCAACAACACCAGAAUGUAAUAGAGGAAAGAAAGCAGAAGAGAAUGUUGUCCAACAGAGAAUCUGCAAAGAGGUCUAGGAUGAAGAAGCAGCAGCAUUUGGAUGACUUGCAGGCUCAAUUGGCUCAACUGAGAUCAGAGAACAGUGUUGUGCUCAACAAACUCAAUAUUGCUUCUCAGAAUUAUUUGGUACUUGAGGAACAGAACAAGGUUUUUAGGGCCCUAGUGAUGGAUCUCUCAUCUAAGCUACAAGCUUUGAACAGUAUCAUGCAGCAACAAGCAGGUACAAGGCCUCUUAUCAGUACUGGGUUUUCUGAUUCCAAUCCAGUGGUGGGAAAUUUAGAAAUGGAGAAGUUGUGGCUCUCUCAUGUCAGGCAAAAUUUUAAACAACAAGAGAUUCAUGAGUAGCAGAUUCAGAUUCUUCAGCAGGUGAUUAAGGUGUCAAUAGACCCAUAUAUGGCGUUCUGUCCAUAUCAAUAUAUUUUUCUUUUUUGAAUUUUUUGCAUGGAUAAGUUUUGACAUUGUUUUGGAGCACUAUCAAUGAAUCUGGGUAACGGAAAAUUGUUGUGCAUAUUUGGUGACUUGUUUUGUUCAGACUCCUUGUAAAAACUUGGGUCCUUGUAAAAACUUGGGGUUUUGUAAAUUUGAGUGCUGGAGUUAUGGGUGAAUUUCA